CGGAGCGGUCGCACACAGAACGGUAGUCGGAUAGUCGGACGGUUGGCAGAUUCCGAUUUUAGCGCUCGCUCUCUCGUUGCCCGCUCUUGCUCUCCAGCUCUCCUAUCUCUCUCUCGGUGUCGUUUUGCGGACUGUUAGCAAGGAGGCGCAAUCGUAUAGAAAAAUAAGGAGCUAGCAAUAACCGUUAGUAAAAGCCCCCGGUUAGCAUGAAGGAUGUGAAAGUGGCGCGCGCAAUCAGCGAAUCUUCAACUACGUCAGAUAACACCUCCGAUUUCAUCGAGAUCGUCAAGAAGUACGAUGUGGUGUAUAACAAUCACAAUCCGGAUUACAAGAACGUCGAAGUGAAGCUGAAGGUGUGGACGCAAAUCGCCGAUGAGAUAGGUCUUUCAGUUGAGGCCUCCAAGCGAAAAUGGAAAAAUCUAAGGGACAGUUAUACGAAGUAUCUCCGCUCGUUUCGCGUAGGCACGAAGACCUCAAAGAAAUACCAGUACUGGGCACAUGCAGAUCACAUGGACUUCCUGAAACCCUUCCAGGGACCAGGAAGAAACUCUGCUAAUGGAAAUGGAAAAUCCAAUGACGAGGACGACACAGAGUGCGAUUUUGGUUACCAGGUUUUGGCCAAGGCGGCUAGCAAUGGAGGCGAAGAGGAACUGAAAAUCACCAUUGCCACUGCAUCUGCCGGUAGUUCUUCCAUUGGGACACAUACGGUUAAUACUUAUACGACUGCAUUGAGCAGCACUUCGGCGCCCGCCUUAACGUCAAGUUUGGGCGUAGCCACGCCCCCAAAUAUGAUCUCCCCUGGUAGUAAUUUGGGUGGAGCAGGUGGAGUAGGCGCUUCCGGACCGCAAAUUCACAAUAGUAACAGCAAUGGCAGUGCCACCGGAAGCCUUAACUGUGCUGCAGUGGCUCCACUCAAUGCAAUGACUCCACCUGCCACCAGUGGCUGCAAUUCCGCCGUAGUUCUGCCCCUGCCCAUCGCACCCGCAACCUCAGCCGCUGCCGCAGCUGCUGCUGUUAGCAAGGCCAAUGCUAGUGCUUUGGCCUCGUUGGCCAACCAUCUACCCAUGGGCUUGGGUGUGGGCGGCUUGGCCCAGCAAAUGUUCCCGCUGGCUACGCUCAAGGCGGCUGCAGUAGCUGCUGGACUGCCAUUACCACCUACGAUCACGCCACCGGGUUGUAGCUCCGGAAGUGGGGCCAACAGCAAUGUGGGCUGCCUGAUCAUCGAACCGCAUCUCUUUGCAGCAGCGGAUAACUUCAAGAAGGAGCUGACAGCUGCGGCGGCAGCUGGAGCACCUUUGGGAUUGUUCCAAAAUCUCGCUAACCAAGUACAGAAUGCCAAUCGGUUGAAUGGCAGCUGUCCAGGCGUUAAUUUGCCCAUUGGCAAUCCCACACCUCCACCGCCGCCUCCAGCGCCACCAGCCUCUAAGGUGCGAAGGGUUCAACCUUCGCCGCAAACAACAGCAAUAAAUCUUAGCUGUUCGGGGGGUAAUUCCGGACAAAUGCAGCCUCAACAAGCGAUACAGAUGCCACAAAUUCAACAACAGCAAGCAGCGUCGCCCACUAAAACGCGUAAAAUCUGCGAUCCGCGUUUCCCCAGCGAUUGGGAUGUGUCCGCCGUGCUGCAGGCCAACCGGGAACUGGACGCCAAUACCCUGUUCUUCUUGAGUCUGGCGCGCCAGGUGCGUGCCAUGCCCAUGAAGUUUCAAUCGCUCGCGAAAAUGCGAUGCAUGCGGAUCGUCAGUGAUUUGGAGCUAGAGUUGGAGAACUUUGACUGCAAUGGCGGAGCACCACCGCCAGAUGAUUCGGGCGGAGGUGGUGCCGGGAAUCUCAAGUAUUGCAGUAUAGAUACUCCGCCACCACCGCCCCAGGAUGGUUCCGUGGUCAUACUCCCGCCGCCAGUCGGUCCCGAGGGCUCCACGGAGCACUUUGUGUAUGUGAUGUCGCCUUCGCGUGUGGAGAGCAUGAUCGACAUCUCCUCGGACGAGGAGGCGACCAUGAACGGUGUGCCCCCAUCCACGGGACAGGUUUAAGCAUAUUCGUACAAGUUAUCUCUAAAUUAAACUUAAAUUAAUC